ACCUGAUCAGCUCUUGAUAUUGUCUCUGAGACGCUCAGAGAAAGGAGACGAUGGCCUCCAUGGGGAUGCAGAUGGCAGGCUGCGCUCUGGCCCUGUUAGGUUGGAUUGGGUCGAUCAUUGUCUGCGCUUCACCCAUGUGGCGGGUCUCUGCCUUCAUUGGCAGCAACAUUGUGACAUCACAGAUCAUCUGGGAGGGCAUCUGGAUGAACUGCGUGGUCCAGAGCACAGGCCAGAUGCAGUGUAAGGUGUACGACUCCAUGCUGUCUCUGGGUGCAGACCUCCAGGCGGCCCGUGCUCUGACAGUGGCCUCCAUCAUCACAGGCAUCGUAGGGCUCCUCAUAACUUUCGCUGGCGGAAAAUGCACCAACUUCAUUCCAGAGGAGAGGGCCAAGGCGAGGGCCUCAGUGGCAGCAGGUGUGAUUCUGAUCAUCAGUGGAUUCCUCUGCCUCAUCCCUGUGUCCUGGACUGCCAGCGUUAUCAUAAGGGACUUUUACAGCCCUCUGCUAGUGGACGCCCAGAAGAGAGAGCUCGGGGCCUCUCUUUACAUCGGCUGGGGGGAGCUGGGCAUCAGCCUCUCCAUGAUAGGUGUUGCUGGGACCAUCCUGAUCUGCGCGCUGCCAAUGUGGAAGGUGACGGCAUUCAUCGGCACCCAUCUGGUGGUCAUGCAGGUGUUCUGGGAGGGUCUGUGGAUGACCUGUGUCAGUGAGUACACAGGUCAGCUGCAGUGCAAGCUUUACGACGCCCUGCUGGACCUGUCACCAGACCUGCAGGCAGCCCGCGGCCUCAUCUGCAUCAGCCUGGUUCUGGGAUGUUUGGGAUUCCUCAUCUUCCUCCUGGGCGCACGCUGCACCAACUGCCUGAGCCACCCGGGUAUAAAAGCUCGGGUGGUGCUGAGCUCUGGGGCCAUCUUCUGCCUGGCGUCCUUCACCACCAUAGUCGCUGUUUCCUGGACGGCCAACUCCAUCAUCAGUGACUUCCACAACCCGCGUGUUCCUGAGGUGCUGAAGAGAGAGCUUGGAGCAGCCAUAUAUAUUGGCUUUGUGACCUCUGGGCUGCUGUUCUGUGGGGGAGCCAUUCUGUGCACGAGCUGCCCCCCACAGAGGGCCAGGUUCCCCUCCAGUGGGUACACACGGGCCAGGAUCCCCACACACAACAGCUAUGCCAUCAAGAACUAUGUGUGAAGUGAGGAUCGAGGGUGGAACACACACAUCUUACACUGUGUGAUGUAAUGCAAUUGGCCAUAAAGAUAUUGAAAAACAUAAAGCAAUAUAUUAAAGAUCCCAUAUUUUAUAAAGGUAGAUGUCCAUGUGUUGUUUGAUUAUGGAUCAGGUCUAAGUUCUAUAUUAAUACUGUGAAAGUAUCAAAGCCUCAGUCCACAGAGAAAAGCACACAGCCUGUAUUCAGAAACUGAGCCUUAAAACCAGCCGUCAGGACUGUAACUUUGUGAUGUCACAACAAAGUAGUCACCACACUCAGCCACGCCCCAAGCCUCGACCACCUGAACCCACCAUCCACCAUUGCGGUAAUUGGUUCCUCUGAGUGUUUACCUGAAAUCUGCUAUAUUUUUAUUUGAUUUCUGAAAACCCAGUCAGCCAAUCAGAAGAAAGGCUCAGAGCUUCCUCUCUUCUGAUUGGCUCACUGACCAGUAGUUACUAGAGCUCCAGAGAGAACCCUGACAGAGGAGACGUUAAACUACAUUAAGUAAAACGUGGGACCUUUAACAUUUGCAUACAAUGAAAAGGAUUGCAAAGGUAUGCUUUACAAUACAUUCCAAUAUGUUUUCAGUUUCCUGCAGGAUGGGACACAAGGAUAUGAACACAGUUACUUUAAUUCUGUCCACAGUUGUUUCAACACCAGCCAUUUGAAGAUGUUUGUAAAAAAAAUUUAAAGUGUUGUUAUGAUGUGCAGAUGAAUUAUUCAUAUAAGGGAAAUUUACAGUGGCCCUGAGAGCUCAACACACUGCAACGUAAGAAAACACAAGCAAACAGACAAAACACAAACAAAUUCAGAAAACAUCUUCAUCAAUUUGACAACACAUGUGCUGCACAUACUCACAAUACAACAGAAGUGUUUCCAGGGGACACAACAAAGUGAUGAACUUGGCUGGGAUGCACUAGAUGUCAAGUCAAAAGCAUUGAACAACAAUUGUGUCUGGAUGUAUUAUAAUACAUUCAUGCCUUCAAGGUGCGCAAUCUACAAGCUGAGACCCUGAGGCGCCCCCUCAACACUUUUAUGUGACUCUGUCGUGUUGUGAGUAUUUGCAGAACAUGUGUUGUCAAAUUGAUGACAAUGUUCUCUGAAUUUGUUUGUGUUUUGUCUGUCUAUAUGUGUUUUCUGAAGCGGCAGGGCGUUGAGCUGUCAGGGCCACUGCAGAAAUAUAUUUCACUGUAAGUCUGAUACAGCUAUGAUUAACUGGCAGCUUCUGAAAUAGCUACAGUCUGUCCCAGUGACUCAUCAGAUGGACUUUCCUCAUCUCAUGAAAUAUGCAUUUAUUCCUUUCACAAAGAAAACUAAUGAAUAGCUUUGUAGCUCAAUGUGCAUGCAUUUCGAUUCAGUAUUAAACUACAUUAAUCAUG